AAUUGAUGUAAUUGAGGAAUUGAAAGAAAUGAUUGAAUAAUUGAUAAGUUGGAUAUAUGAUAUCAAUCACUUUAUUAAUUUGAUAUCAAACAAUACACGUGAUUGCAAAUAAUAACAAAGCGCUAUACUACUUUAAAUAAAAUGAAAGGAAAAUUAGUUGUAAUAAUGUCGAGCACUACUACUUAAGUUAAUAACCUUCGUACAUGAUAGGAAUAGCAGGAUGGUAAAAUGGAUGUUUUUCAUUCUAUCCCAUGAUCAGUAAAUAUUAUAAGAAAAGUUUUUUAUUUUAUUUUUAAUAUUAUAAGAAAGUAAAAAGUAAAAAGAAGGAAAAUUAAAAACUACAAGUCACGUGGUGUGAAAAAUAAUACUGGGAAGUUUUUUCAUGAUGAUCAAUCCGUUAUACUUUUUUUACUUUUUUUUUAUCGCAUAUGGAAGAAAGCUCCCAAGAAUCUGGUAUUUCCCAAACCAAUAAUGAAAAUACUCACAAUAGUUCUCAAGCUAUCGAAAAUUCGACUCGAUUUGAAACCAUUAGUAUAAAAUCUUCAAAGUCAAAUACUAAUGUUUCAACUUCCUCGGAAACCCAAAUUAAUAUAAGUGAUACUACACCUUUAAGAACUACAAAAUUACAGGAAGUUGCUGAAUAUGUUGAAUUGGAGUUUAAUAAUGGUGGUAAUAAUAUACGAUGUUAUACUGAGGAAGAGGAAGUACCGGAAUUACCAAAUGAUUUAGUCGUAGGAGACGAUAAUAGUUCUAGCUCAAAGAAACGUGGUUUAUCAAGUGAUCAAGCUUUAGAAAAACUUGUUGAAGUUGCAAGUGAAAUACUCGAGGGACAUCAAAAUCAUUUUCCGAUUUCAACAUGUAUAAAAGAAUAUUUAAUUAGUCCUGAUUCAGUUCUUACAAUUUUAUCAUCCAAUCUUUUGAUAGCUUUUUACAUAUUUGGAACGUUAAAAAGCGAAUUAUAUCAAAUACAUCUUACUACAAUUUUAAUUGAAGCUAUUUUAAUAUUAGUGAUAUUUAUACUUAAUGGAUUUAUUUAUACUAGGGAGAAAAAAUUGGGUAUGAAUGAGAUCAAUAAACGUGCCCAAAAUAUAUUAGACCAAUUAAAACAGAGCAGAAUGGACACUAUUCAGGAUAUAAAAAUUCCAAUUGUUCCUUCACUUACGGUAGCAAAAGUUAUCCGUGAUGGUAUUGUUCGAAUUUUUCCUACAACCUUAUUAGUAGAAGGAGAUGUUGUUGAAAUGUUAUAUGGUGAUGUAGCACCAUGUAAGAUGAAGUUAAUACAACAAGAAUCUUCAAACAAUAAUAUUUUGGAAUCUGGUCAAUUGUUUAAACCAUCAUUUUUUAGUGAUAUGACAUCAAAAGAAGUGUAUGAACAACAUAUUCAAAAUAAGGGAAGGUAUCAAUUUGUCCUUUUGGAAACUCCUUGGGCUAAUAGCUUGAAAUCUGCAUUGAAUCAAGAAAGACCUGAUACUGUUAUUUAUAAACAAGCAAAAGUUUUACAGAACAUAUUUCUUUAUCGAAUACUUUUUAUCAUACUUGCACUAGCUAUUAUAAUCAAUCUUUUAAGAUAUAAAAUUUCAGGAAAUGAAAAUUCAGAUCAGUUAUUUGAAAUAUUGGUCGUGUUGCCUAUUUAUGCUAUACUUCCCAUAAUACCACUAGCUUUUCCUUUGCUUUGGCUGAUUGUUCGUAGUUUUGCAAAUGCUACACUACUGGUGUUAUUUGAAACUUUACAGAUUUCAAAAACUGAAUACGAAGAUGAUGAAGAAGUAGAUGAAUUUGAUGCUGAAGCGCCUCCACCCACAAAAAAUGUGCACCUUGAUACUGGUGCUUUGUGGAAUAAAUUCAGAUACUUACUUACAAAAUUGGAUGGAUCUUCGUUAGCAAGAUCAACUAAUUUGUUUGAGUCACUUGGAAGCACUACAGUUAUUUGUUCAAUUGACCGAGAAGGGACAAUUUCAUCUCCAUUUGCUUCAGUUGAACAAAUAAUUUUUCCUAAUGAAAGCGAAGAUAUUGCGGUUCUUGAUAUUGCUGAAGAUCCAAGUACUUCAUUUGGAGUUCAAUUUGAAGAUCAAGAUUGGGAUCAGCAUUUGUCUCGAUUAAAACCUUUGGGACUUAAUCUCUUGUUAAACACUAAUUGUGGUGUAUUAAAAGGAAAAAAACGUGCGGAACAGCAUCGUAAAUCUUCAAGUCUUCAUAUUCGUGCUAAGACAAAACCUGCUCGACAAUCAUGUUUAUGUCGUUUGGGUAAAGAAAUAGGUUUUACAGAUGAUGCUUUAAAAGCAUUUGCAAAGAGAAAAGAAAUUUUUACUGUAACUCCAUGUCAUCCUUCUUUAAAACAACGAAUAAGGAAUGAUCAAUGGGAAAUGCCUAUUAUGAAUUCUUCUAUUUACGAAGAAGUUGAACAAGGCAGUUUUCAAUUACUUUCUGAUGGUAAUAUAGAAAUUAUACUUGAUAACUGCUCUGAUUACUGGAAUGGUCAGGGAUUACAUGUUAUGAGCGAAGUGAUUAUGAAUAAGAUUUAUGAUUUCUAUGAGAAUUCCAUUAUAAAUGAUAUGCAAUGUAUCGCAUAUGCAUAUCGACCUAUAAAUGUUGAAAAUGAAAACAAAAUUCCGUUUUUGUUGGAUUCGCCUAAUGAUUCAAGUGAAAUUUGUAUUAUUUUACCAAGUUCUCCUGAGUCAGAUCAAAUAAGUAUAUCUGAAGAUGAUGAUCUCUCCUUAUCACAAAAAGUUAGACUUGAACGAUUGAAGGCCGGCCAAUUGGAAGCGAAUCUGCAUGAUUUUUCUUUUGAUGGGAGUACACCUACUAAUCAAGAGAAAGAAAGAUUUUAUCAGGAAGUUAUUCAAGGACAAAUUUUUCUAGCUAUGGCGACAUUUUGUCACCAGCCUAAAUUGGAUGUCUGUAAUUUUAUUGAAGAUUUGAAUUCUGCUGGCAUACGCUUUGUAUAUUUUUCACCAACAGAUGAAAGAGAAAGCAAAGCUUAUGCUGAACGGCUUGGACUUGAAACGGAUUGGAAUAGCUGUAUACUUUUAUCAUCACCAGGUGAUGAAAAUUCAUUCGGUGAUGGUUAUUUAGAAUCACAUGAUAUUAAAGCACGUCUUCCCCGUGGUAUAGAUAAAAUAAGAGAUCAUCUACGAGAAGUAGAUGACAUUCCAUUACAUGUAUCUUUAUUCGCAGAAUGUACUCCUGAAGCAACACGUGAGAUGAUUAAAAUAUUUCAAGAAUAUGGAGAAGUUGUUUGUUGUAUCGGAAGUGCAUUAAAUGCUUCAAAUACUCAUACAUUUGCUGUUGCAGAUGUAAGUGUUGCAAUGGAGCCAACACAUACUAGAGCACAAACCAAAAAUGGAGUAUGCCAUUAUAAUGGUAAUAAUGGUAAAGGACAAUCCCCAAUGGCCCUUGGUGCUGCUUUUACUACUUUACCUUGUGGUUUAUUCAUGCAUUAUGACACUAGUUUAUAUGCAUUAACUGAUGUUAUAAGAGAAGCUAGAAGAUUAAUCAAUUGUUUAAGAAUGGGAGUUGCAUUUAUAUUAGGAUGUUAUUUAUCUAUAUCAUUACUUUUGUUAUUUUCAUAUAUCUUGUUCCUUCCACCUGCUUUUACAGGAUAUCAAAUAUUAUGGGUUACUUGGAUAAUUUCUCCUAUAUUAGCAUUUUCUUUUUUAUUUAACCCUCAUGAACCUGAUACUAUGACAACUAUGACAGUUAAAAAUAUAGAGCAUCUCAAAGACUUUAAAAGAUUUGUACUAUAUUGGUUUUUGAGAUUUAUUUUACCUAUAUUAACAUGUCUCUUAGUAUUUUUAGGAUGUUUGUAUUAUUUGGAUGAUAACAGAGAUUCAAAUUUAAUAUUUGGAUUUCAUGAAAAAAAUACAUGGUUAAGAUGGACAAAUAAACAACAAUGGAUUGUAAUAUACUCACAAAAUUGCACAUUAUUUAUAUUUGUAUGGUAUAUGAUUAUAUUAUCAUCCACUUUUAUUCAUCGCACAUUAUCUUUGAAAAGAUUUAUUCCAUUUAAAAAUCGAGUUUGGAUAUUUGCUAUAAUUAUAAGUUUAUUACUUCAAAUAAUAUUUACUACAAUAUCAUUAGUAUUAGGACCACUUUCAUUACUUAAAAAUCUUCCAUAUUAUAUUUAUCUUAUUGGAUUUUUAUCACCUAUAUUAUUUAUACCUAUACAAGAAUUAGUAAAAAUGCAUGAUAAAAAAGAAUAUAAUAGAUUUCAAAAAAGAUCUAAAUUGGAAUUUAAUACAAAAUUAGGUAUGCAUUCUCCUGUAUAAUAAAAAAUAAUAU